UCCGUCGGGAGUCAAAGGGAGUCUCAUGCUUCCCUUCCUUGUCCUUCCGAAGAGGGAAACUGCUCAUAAAGGGCAUUUUAAAUCUCAGUCCAUACCAGGACUAUGACGUUGGAUUGAAACAUUUCCUCGCCCACACCCACCAGGGUAGCAUCUACUCGAGAGGUACAAAUGCAGCACUUUUCCCCUCAUGGAAGCAGUAUGAUGGGCUUUGCCUGUUGAAUUCCUGCCUGUCACCUAGUUCCUUCUGCUUCUAUCGUGAGAUGCAUUGGUGGCAGUGGCACACACUGUUUUCGACUUCAACAUCGGGCUGUUUCUAAUGCCUAGACUAAUAUUUGAGGGUGGGUGGCAGAAAACAGUCGUGAGCAUGCUCAGUCUCGCCUACCUUACAGGUGGACUGCAACAAGACAAUGCAAAACGUUUUGAACGACCCAAAGAGGACCUGAAACGAAUCACCCCUAUUUUGGAUCCGAAAUAUUUGUUGUUUCGGCCCUCCAUUUUGUGGCCGAUAAAGUGCCUGCCUUGCCUUCUUCUUCCCCCUCCAUUUUCAGAAUGUCUAUUUGGAUUUCCCGCCUUUUUGCCACCAUUGCUUUCUAUGCAAAAAUAGCUUCCCAUUCACUUAAUUGCAAAGGUCCGACCUGCAGAGGAAUGACCAUAUUUGGUGUUGAUUAGUAAAUAACACCCCCCCAUUGGCCAGGGGGAGGUGGAGGAAGGGUCAAGGGUGGGGGCAAUUUUUGGAGGGCUUUGCAGGAGGGUAUUUAAAGGGCCACCAGUAGCCAUUUUCUUUCUUUCUGCUGCCUUGUGUGGGAGAAGAGAGAGCUCUAUUGCCCUGCUUACUCAGCCUUGCCUCCAUUUUGCUGAGCAAUUCGUAUGGGUGCUAUUGUUCAGUGUUUACACCAUUGCUCUGCCUUGCCGGUUGCCUGCCUUUCCUGCUUGAUUUCAGCCUCUUUUUUUUUGAGAAAAAGAGAAGAGGAGGAAGAGGAGGAGGAAUUUUUUUUUUUUAAUACACAUCUGCCUUGCUGCAAGGCCAGCCUGCUGACUGUGCAGCCAUUCUCUCCUGCAUUUUCUGCCUUUUUAAAAAUUGAGCAAGAGAGAAUAUUGAUAGAAAAGGAGGGGGUUUUUUUUCUCCUUCUAAAUUUUUUUGCAACUUCUUCCUGCUGUGGAGAGAGAAAAUCAUUCAUCAUCAUCACUGCUGCCUCUGCCUGCCUGCCUGCCUGCACUUCCACUCCAGGCCCAGUGUGCCAUCCUCCUGUGACCAGACCCUCAGAGGUGAACUACAGAGACCCAGCAUUGGAGAAGCCUUCAACUGAGUGAGAGUGGCCCAGCCAUUUAUAUAUAUUACACACACACACCAUCACACACACACACACACGCACGUCACACAUGGCUUUCUAGUCUCCCUUGAAUUGUGUAUUUGGGGUUUAUUAUUUUAUCCCUGUUUGGAGGGAGGUUAAGGUUUUGGGGUUUAACUGUUCUCUGAAAGUUUUGUGAUAUUUGGAUAUUUUAAAUAGGGGUUCUUCAGUGUGUGUAGCCUUAGAGUCUAUAGGCUGGAUCCCCCUUAGCUAGGUAGUAGGUGGUGGUUCAACUGUAGAGUAGACUGGAAGCGUAGCCUAGUAGUGCUUUAAAUAAAUAAUUCUUUCCCCCCCUCCCAAGUAAUUUUUUUUAAAGAGAAAAGGAGCACUGUUCCAGUGCUUGCACUAGUAAAGGAUAGGAUAUUAUUCAGCUGUCUCAGCACUGACUCCCCCUAUCCUGAGUCCUGCGCAUAUUACACUUUUGUGUUGCUGCUUUUUCAAAAAUAUUGAAAGCGCCUAGCCUGCCCAGUGCCCACCCAGUCAUUUCUUUGCCCAUCAUUUGUGAAUUGAAACACACGUUGUUUGAUUGACUUGUGUGUAGGUAGGCCCACAAUUCAGGUACUUUUUCAUCUUCUGUGCCUGUGAUAUUGACAACAACAUCAUUGUUCCAGCAAUCCUAAUCUGUGUAAUUAGAUUUUGAUACAUUUGUAACUAACUUCCAUUCCAAGAAUCACAGACAGAGAAUAACUGUAAUUCCCUGUUACUCUUGGUGAGUGCACUGUGCCAGCCUUAAAGAACUCCUCCACAGUCACUGCACUGUCUGUGCGCAGCUGCGCCACAAGCUAAGUGGCAUUAUUUUAUUUCUUGUUCUGUGGCAGCCUGCUUCUGUUGUAUCACACACACCUAACUCCCAGUCCCUCUGGCUAAACUCUGUGUGAUACACAUUGCACGGCAACUUCUGAUUUAGCCAGCCACAGUAUUUGUGCCAACAAGCCUUAAGCAAGGAGGCACUCCAUUCCAGUCCACAAGUCAUCACAGCAGCCCCUGUUUUUGGCCCUCUGAGUCUACCUGCCCCCUGAGACCACCCCAUCCACUCCGCCCCCCCCCUUUUACGUUUUAAAAAGAAGCCCCAAAACGAUGGCUGGGAAGGCUGGUAGAGCAGCAGAAAGACGGAGGGUGCAAGGAAGGGGGAGGCUUUUCUUCCCUGCUGGUCGUGGCAGGGGGCGGCCAGAGGGGCUUACUCCCCGAGUCACCCCCGGCCCUGCUUCAGCGCGCAGGCAAACUGGCCCUAUGCCAGGGCCUGCGGCCGGGCAGAAUUUAGGGGGGAGGGCCUCCCAGCUUGCCAGGGAAGAAGAUCUUCCUGGGGCAGCUGAGGAGGUGGUGCUGGUGGAGGAGGCUGGCAGUCCAGCCAGAUCCACCUUGCCACCCUCCCCACCGGUCUCUGUGGGGGAUGGGAGCCCCAGGGUUGCAUCUGAGGAGGCUCAGGAGGAGGGAAGCCCUCCUGUCCCUGGGCCUUCCCAGGCCAGCUCUGAGGGCAGUGGUGGUGGUGGCAUGCCCGAGAAGGAACCAGCAAAGCUGCCACCAGCCAAGCGACCUCGUGUCGCAGGAGAGUCCAGCAGUGUGGUCUGGGAUCACUUUGAGCUUCGCCCUGGUGAUCCCACCCAUGCUGAGUGCACCCACUGCAAGGCGCUGGUCAGCAGAGGCAAGGACCCUAAGCACUUCACUACCUCGGGUCUGUCGUCGCACCUGCUCUGGCGGCACCCAGGUGUGGAGACCUCUGCUGGCACUGGCAGUAGGCCCAGUGCCUCAACUAGCAGUAGUAGUGACAGCAGCAGCAAGCGGCCAGUGGCUCCUGCUCCUAGGCAGGAAAAACUGACCUAUUGUCACCAGUGGGUGCAAUCUCUUGGAAAGUGGUCUGAUCGCCCAAAACCACAUCUCGUGACUCGGGCCAUUGCUGAGAUGAUCGCUUUGGAUGACCAACCGCUUUCCAUUGUUGAGAAUGUCGGCUUCCGCCGUCUGCUCCAGCUGCUUUCUCCAGAUUACAAGAUCCCCUCAAGGACCACCUUCAGCAGGAGGGUGGUCCCCUCCUUGUACCGUGCGUGCAGGGAGGCUGUGUUGGCCCGGUUGCGUGCAGCUGGGCCCAGCACCAGUGUGCAUUUCACUGCGGAUAUCUGGACUAGCCGCAGCGGGCUGCACACUGCCUUCAUGUCCCUGACAGCCCACUGGUGGGGGCAUGGGGGUGAGGGGACAUCUGGCUCUGCUGGUGCUGCAUCCAGCUCCUCCCAUGCAUGCACGCCUUCUUGGGCAGUGUUGCAUGUGGAGGCGAUGGAUACAGACCACAGGUCAGAUGAGUUGGCCGCCAUCAUGGACCGCCAGGUGUGGGCUUGGCUGGCCGGGGAGCCAAGCCUCCGCCGAGGCUUCAUGGUGACAGACAACGCAGCUAACAUCAGCAAGGCAGCUAGGCAGGUUUGCGGUGUGAGCAUCGCUUGCGUUGCGCACACCUUGAACCUGGUGGUGCAGGAUGCGCUUGGGCUCAAGGAGGCGUCGAAGUCCAGGCUGCGUGCGCAGGGUGUUAGUUCAGCUCAGGAUCCUGCUGCUCCCGUGGCCGCUCUUGUGGAGCGGUGCCGCAAGAUAGCGGGCCACUUCCACCGGAGGGAAAAGGCAAGGCGAAGGCGCCUGCUCAAGGCCAGGCAGAUUGAGCUGGGCCUGCCUGAACACCUACUCCCCCAGGAUGUUCCUACCCGGUGGAACUCCACUUUUCUCUUGCUCCGGCGCAUGCAUGAGCAAAAGGGAGCCCUCCACAGCCUGGCAAGGCAUGGUAGCUUGGAAGUGUGCAAGCUGGUCCACGGGGACUGGCAGCUCAUUUCUGAGCUGGUCUCAGUACUCGAGCCGUUCUAUUCUGCAACGAGCGACUUGUGUACUCAGACCGCCACGCUGAGCCAGGCUUUGCCUGCUGCUCUUCUCCUGGAGAAGGCAAUGAGCGAUCUCCAGACCACUCUGACCACCGGGGUCGCCAUUGCCCUGGCAGGUCGGUUGAGGACUGGGGUAGUGGAGCGGCUCAAGAGACCCUUGGGUGCAUCUGCAUGGCAUGUCCUGGCAUGCAUCUGCGACCCAAGGAUGAAGGGCAGCGCUGUGCCUCCUGGCGAGCUGCCCAAGUGGAGGGGCCUCCUGGUCGAACACGUGAAGCGUGAAGAGGAGAGGAGGUUAGGGAUAGGUGAUGCAGCAGGCGGCCAGGAGGAGGGGUCUUGGUCGCAGCCUGGCACUGCGCAUCCCACCCCCAGCAGCAGCAGCAGCACUGCCACCACCCCCACUUCUUCCCAGUCCAGCGGCGUGGUUUCUCCGGCAGUGGCACCAGCGGAGCAGCCAGUGCGACCUCGAACCGCCACCCGGUGGCUCAGGGGCUAUGCUAGUCUCAUGCCGGGGAGACGGGAGGAGCCUGCCCCUCGCUCCAGCCGUGCUGAGCAGAGUGUUCUGCAGUACCUGGAGGAGGAGGCAGAAGACGAGGAGAGUGAGCCGUUCCUCUUUUGGGCAACCCGUCGCAAAGCCUGGCCGGACUUGGCGACCGUUGCUGUGCGGUGCCUCUCUUGCCCGCCAACCAGCGUCUCGAGCGAGAGGUUGUUCUCCAUGGCGGGGGACGUGGUGACUCCUCUGCGCUCACGCCUGGAUGCCGAGUUGGCCGAGCAGCUCGUCUUCUUGAAGCUGAAUCUCCCCCUGCUGGGCUACCCCGAGCUGGCCGUGGAGGGCGAGUGACUCGCGUCACCCCCCCUAUGCAGCGCCUCCCACGCCACGGCAGUUCAUCCCGGCCAGAAGAUGUCACAGUCCAUCCCUCCCUGCCCCUUAGUGCUGCUGGCACAUCCAGACACGCAUGCACACACAGGCACCGCUGCACUGUCAGCCUGGGGUGGUGGACUGCUUCUGUCCUGGCAAUCAGGGCUAGGACAAGUGAGUGCUCCCUGCAUCAGGGAAGGGUUCUCUCACAGAUGUGGCUGAGAGAGACUACAACUCCCAUUUCCCACUGUUGCGAUGGCUGGCCACCAUCGAGACUAGGGACAAUUGGAACUGUAGUCACUGUCUCUGCAGCAGAAAUCUGUGGUGGGUCCCUCCCUUUGGCAGGAGCACCCACUUGCCUGGUCCUGAUGAGGGCCAGAAGGCGGCACACCAUCCAUCUCAGAGACAGGCUGCUGCUGCAUGUGUGGGGGGCACAGUCAGGGACAUCCCUGGGAGUCUGUAGUACAGAGUGCCUCUGCAAUGGCAUGUGCUCAAAUGUGUGGAUUCUCUCUCUCUCUCUCUCUCUCUCUCUCUCUCUCUCUCUCUCUCACACACACACACACACACACACACACACACACACACACACACACAGACGAGUGGGGGGGAACACUGUCACAGAGAGGGUUUGCUAAUUGCUAGCUUUGCUUGCCUGCUUCUUGUGCUUGUCCCCAAACUAUCCAUUGCUUCCUUCCAACUAUUGUGAACAAUUGAAUUGAUGCUGAAUUCUAAAUGUCUGUCUGAUGCAUUUUUCAGUGUAAUGUGGUUCUGAUUUUGAUUUGCUGAUGUUCAUGCUUUUCUCUGUUCAAAAAUGUGGCUUGGAUUACUUAACUUGUCAGUAACAUUGUCUGCUGCUGUAUGAGACUUUAAUUGCUUAUAUGUUUUGCUAGUUUUUUCUGCCCAUGAGGAGUACUGUGACUGAAGCAGCAGCACAUGCACACAUGCACCCCCCACCCCCCAAAAGCUGUGUCGCCAGUGAUGAGCUUGAUGCUGGUGCAGCCUUCACAAAUGUCUGUCUCACGCAGACAGAGAGAGCACACAUUGGAACCUGAGGUGACACAGCCAAUUUUUCAGCCCUGAAUCCACUAACCCUCUCGCAGAGCGAGCACGCCCGCACACACAGGAGCCCAGAGCAGUGUACUACAUACUUCAGUUUCUCUUUCACAACAACCCUGUGAAGUAGGUUAGGCUGAGAGAGAAGUGACUGGCCCAGAGUCACCCAGCUAGUAUCAUGACUGAAUGGGGACUUGAACUCGGGUCUCCCCGGUCCUAGUCCAGCACUCUAACCACUACACCACACUGGCUGUUAUAAAGCUGGAGGAAGAGAGUUUGAAAACAAGGAACAUCACUGCUUGCCCAGGGGCGUACCAAGCUUGGAGUGGGCCCAGAGACAAGAUUUUAAAAUGGGCCCCUCUCUGCCUUCCUCCCAGGUCACAUGUCUCUACUGCAUAAGAACAUUUUGGAAAUUUGGACAUGUCAUAUAGUGGAGCAGCAAAGGACAGGAACAGCUGCCCAGUGCCAUCUUGGCCACCGCCCUAAAUGGCCAUGGGGCUUAUAGGGUCACUUUGGGGUCCCUAAAGUUGGUCGUUCAAUUUAAUAUGGUGCUACAUUUUGUUGCAGGUCUCACCUGCUGGUCCCACCUUCCAUAGGUCCCAACUUCCACACUUUUGCUGCCAAUUCAGGAGAGGAAGGAGCCAUUUUUACAUGAAAUGUCCUCCUUACUUGCCGCAACGUUACACUAGAAUAAAGACUGUAUUCUUUAAAUAUGCCAGCAUGGUUGUUGUUGUUGUUGAAAAGGUUUGGCAGACUGCAAGAAAUAUCGAAUAUAAAUAGAACAUGUUUAUGAAAAUAGGGUUACAGAACCUGUUUCUAAGUUCUUGAAGAAUAUGGCUUCCCUGAGGGGUCAGAUAGCUGACAUAUCCUGACUCAGUUUAAUAGAGGAAGUUCUACUGUCAUUUAGCAGCCUGUUAGAGCCACUUCUGAGUAGUAAUAUUGACUCAUUGAGUUAGGAUCUCGGGUAAUGACUUGGGCCCAAACCAUGGCUGAUGUGAUACAGCAUCUUCCACGGCAUAACAUGUGCUGGGCCUGCUGCCCUUGUAAAAGGUGGUCCCAGUGGGAUUGUGCAAGGCUGCCAGGGAUGCCUCUAACACCAGCACAGCAGUUAUGCUGACAGUGGACUGUGCAUACUCCCUAGCAACUGGUACUCAGAGGCAUCCUGCCUUUGAGGCUGGAGGUGG